UCAGUUCCGGGUUACAAUUAUCAGAAUCCCGGAAGUUGCUUACGUUUCGCGUUAAACACAAGAGCUGUCACAAGUAGUCGAAUGUCUAGAUUUCAUUAUCUUACUGUGUUGUAAACUAGUUUGUUUAUCUUUUUAAAAAGUAAACCCCAGAGUCACAAGCCACUUAUCCCCUGUACGCUAGGGCUGCCAUCUUUUCUGGAAAUAAAUCGCUGACAUGAAGAAAUUAUUUCAAGGAAUUAAGACUGACGUCAAAUUCAAAAGUGCGGGUCCAGGGCACAAACUGAACGAGGAAAAGAGAGAGAAUCUACCAAAUGUGCCCAAGGAGACAGCUAAACCUCGGAAACCACCCACUGGGGAGGCUCAGGUAGCGGCAGCUACUGCAGCAAUGGCAAGAAUUGAAGGCAAAAGCAGAGUACUGCCAAAGGACCCAAUCAAGACACAAGUGAAGCGGGAACUGGAAGCAGCACAGGUGGAAGCUAUUAUAGAUAAGAAGAGUGUCACCAGUACAGCCAUGGAAUCCAUCUCUGUCUGCAAUGUCCGGUUCAGAUGUCCACUGACAGGUGACAUUAUACAAAAGGAAGAAAGAGAGGAACAUAUCAGAAAAGCCAUACAGAUGCUGGCAAUAACAAAUCCUACUUCCGCCUCCAUCAUGAAGAUCCACACAUUCAAUAAAGACAGGGAGAGAGUGAAGAAUGGAACAGAAACUAUCUCAAAAUACUUUGAUAACAUCAUCAGCAACCCAGAUGAAGAAAAAUAUCGCAAGAUAAAGCUGUCUAACAAAGUAUUCCAGGAAAGGAUCAACUCAUUGGAGGGUGCUAAUGAAUUCCUUGAAGCCGUUGGAUUUGAGAAGAAGAUGCUGCCUGUACCAGGGCAAGAGGUACAGGAGGAGUUCUAUAUGCUUAGUAACAUAGCAACAGAAACGCUGGAUACGCUACAGAAACAGAGGGAUGUUUUACUGAGUGCAGAGCCUUUGAAAGCCACACUGGAACGGCAACCACGUGUUUUCACACCAUCCAUCCAGGCUGCACAUUUUAAUCUGCCUGAUGACUUCUACAAUCUGACUGCUGAUGAGAUCAAACGGGAGCAACGACUCAGGACAGAAGCACUGGAUCGCAGCUCAAUGUUAAGAACCAAAGCAAUGCGAGAAAAGGAAGAGCAGCGAGAAAUGAGAAAAUAUAAUUACACAGUGAUGAGGGUCAGACUUCCAGAUGGAUACAUCUUGCAAGGGAUGUUCUAUGCACGAGAGAAAGUUUCUGCUUUGUCUGAUUUUGUUCGUGACCAACUGCAGACUGACUGGCUUCCAUUUGAACUUCUGGCCCCUGGCGGUCACAAGUUGGAAGAUGAGCAUGUUGCAUUUAAUGAGUGUGGACUGGUUCCAUCAGCUCUACUGACUUUUCGUUGGGAUGCAGCUGUCUUGGCGGAUGUGGAAGCAGCUGGAGGUCAGGAGAUAAAAAGCGUGUUGAAACCAGAGCUGCUCGCCAAAGCGGAAACUUUGUCAUAAGAAUAGUCGCACUGAUCUUCCUAGACACUACUACAGCACAGAGACUUCUGUGGGAAUGCAAGUGCUAUCCCUUCCGUCUGCGCAAUAGGAUACUGCAAAGUGAGAUGCAGUCAAAAGGAUUGGACCCCAGUCUUGUCUGAUAAAUGGAGUUAAAUCUGCAGUGUUUAUUUAAAUAAAUAUCCCUGUUAUGUUUCUCAACAACCUGGUUGAGACAAUGCCCCACCGCCCCUACACAUGUAUUUAUUUAUUUGUGUCUUUCUAUGACAAGUGCUAUAGUAAGUUAGAAUUUCCUGACUUUAAAUAUCUAGAGAUGCUUGAUCCUAGGAGCAUUAUUGUCAGAAUAUUACCAGUUAACAAAAACAGGAAAUAAAACAUACAAAAUAAAGUAAUAAGUUUUGGAAAG